AAAAUAAAUAUAAUAUAAAUACUGAUAAAAAAUGGCCUGAAUUAGCUGGAACUUUGCUCUAUGACUAUCCAAAAAGAAAUAUCAUAAAGAUAGAAGGUAAUUUUGGUAGUAAACCAGUAAGAAAAAACUAUAGACUAACGAACAAAGAGUUAAUAUUCGAAGAAUGUAAAUCUAAUUUAGAUCCUUUAAGACCUCAUCAGAACUUAACAGCAAUGA